AGGGUAACUAGGUCCUACUAGGCUUCUCGAAAGUGAGGUUGCAGGGCCCCCUGUGGUUCCUACAGAUGGAUGGGCUCACUUCCUUGAGUUCACUGUUUUGGUAGGGUUUGGAGUAUGGACUUUGGAGGUGUCCAGGUGUACUUGAGUGGCUCAGGGCCCAGGAACUCCCAGUCACUGGCCAGGGUUGGGCGUUCAUCUCUGCGGGGCUUGGGCGCCUAGAUGACUUUCUAGGGAGACUAGGGUGAGGGUCCCUUGGGAUCUCUGCCGACGGUCCCCCGGCUCCACCCCAUCAUGUGGCGCUCCAGCUCCAGCUCCGCCUCCGCCCCAGUUCCUGUUUCGGCCUCGGCUGUCCUGCUUCAGCCCCUAGGGCUCCCCACAGACGCUUGCUCUUCCUGCUCCGCCCGGGCCACCUCUUCCUGGGCGCUCGCCGCCCACAUCCCCGCUCACCCCGCCGGGGCAUGGGGCCUUACUCCGGCCUGGAACGGCCCAGCUGGGGUCCCCAGGCGAUUCCGCCCCGCCUUGACCGGCCAGCCCGCCUGGUGCCGCGGCCCCCAGGAUGAAGGGCGGCGAGGGGGACGCGGGCGAACAGGCCCCGCUGAACCCGGAGGCCGAGAGCCCCGCGGGCUCGGCCACGUACCGGGAGUUCGUGCACCGCGGCUACUUGGACCUCAUGGGGGCCAGUCAGCACUCGCUGCGGGCGCUCAGCUGGCGCCGCCUCUACCUCAGCCGGGCCAAGCUCAAAGCCUCCAGCCGCACGUCUGCCCUGCUCUCGGGCUUCGCCAUGGUCGCCAUGGUAGAGGUACAGCUGGAGAGCAACCACGAAUACCCGCCGGGGCUGCUGGUGGCCUUUAGUGCCUGCACCACCGUGCUAGUGGCUGUGCACCUCUUUGCACUCAUGGUCUCCACGUGUCUGCUGCCUCACAUUGAAGCCGUUAGCAACAUCCACAACCUCAACUCUGUCCACCAGUCUCCACACCAGCGACUCCACCGCUACGUGGAGCUGGCCUGGGGCUUCUCCACUGCCUUGGGCACCUUCCUCUUCCUCGCUGAAGUUGUCCUGGUUGGCUGGGUCAAAUUUGUGCCCAUCGGGGCUCCCUUGGACACAUCGGCCCCCAUGGUACCUGCCUCCCAGGUGCCUGGGACUCUGCCACCAGUGGCCACCUCCCUUAGUCCAGUUUCCAAGCCAUCCUCUGCUUCUGUAGCCCCCUCACAGGCUGAGCCAUCUAGGGCCUGCCCACCUCGGCAAGUAUGUGGCGGUGGUGGGGCCCACGGACCAGGCUGGCAAGCAGCCAUGGCCUCCACGGCAAUCAUGGUACCAGUAGGGCUUGUGUUUGUGGCCUUUGCCUUGCAUUUUUACCGUUCCUUGGUGGCACACAAGACAGACCGCCACAAGCAAGAGCUGGAGGAGCUGAGUCGCCUGCAGGGGGAGCUGCAGGCUGUGUGAGGCUGGUGUUAGCCACAGCUGCGAACACUGCCUCCCUCAGGGCUCGGCCAGAGGCCUCAGGUCUACAGACCCCACUCCCUGCUUGGAGCCGCUUUCUGUGGUCACUAAGGUGGAGAACAGAUUCCUGCCUUCAAGGUCCUUUGGGCUGGGCCUUGGGGCAGCUCCCACAUUCCCAGGGAUUUUCCUUGUCCCAUGGCUUUUAUAAGUUCUACCCUACACCUGGGCUGGGAGGAGCACGAAAAGAUCCUCAGUCCAAGCCUCAUGCGGUAGGUAGAGGGGCAGCAGGGAGACCCUGGUCAGACCUUUGGUGCUGACCCUCAGCCACUUGUUCCUAUACAGGAUGUGGAAGUCAUAAGGUUACGCAUCCACCCAGCUGCUGCAGAAGGCAGCCAGUCCUUACUUUUGUAGAAUCUAUUUUAUGGUUGGUUUCUUUUUUUCUUUUUUUGGAAGCUUUUCCCCAUUCUCAGAUUUUGAUGGGUUCCACACACUUGCUUUGGUUUCCAUAGAGAGGGCUUUGGGUGUUUCUACCCCAGGCAUGGGUCCAGGCUUUCCAAGGAGGAGCCUCCCUAUUUGGAGGAGGUUCAAGUGCCUGCCCCACUGCCCUAGACCGACACUUAUCCUUCUAUAUCUGGUUCUCACUCUCCUGGUCCAGGGCUGGGGCAUAGCAGCCUGACUCCAUAGCAGGGGUUGGGGUGAGAAGGUUGUAAGGGAGAAGGUCCAGUCCAUAGCCCUUGGAAUACAGAGCUAUUCUGACACUGAAUUUUUGAUGUACCUGGUUUUGUAUAAUAAAUUGUGUUUCACACA